AUGGCUGACGAGCCGACCCUCCCCACACUUCCCCCAUUCGCAUGGGACGCGUCGACGCAGAGCUUCCAAUCCUCCAAGAAGCGAAGCCGCAAGAACAAGGCACCGCCUCUGUUCUCCCAGUCCAGCGAUCCCGCCGUCUUCUCGAGCGAUGACGACCCGGCAAUCGACAACUAUGUCCAGGGCCGCAGGAAGAAGCGCUACGUCGGCCCUUGGUACGCGCAACACCCCGCCUCGGGCGACUCCUCCUUUGAAGAUGAUCCACAGCUGGUGCACCGCCCGGCGCCGAAGCCGAGGAGGAUGCUGGAGAGACAGCUCGAUAGCGGUGUCUGGAUGGGCAGCGACGGUACCGACAUGGAUGAGAGCGGCGUCGAGGACCUGCCGCUCCCUACCACCCGGCCUAACAUCCCGCAGCUGCAGCCCAGGGCUCAGCGGACGUUUGGGCGGGUCGCUAGCUUGCGCGUGAGCGCGGCAGAAGCUUUGGCACGCAAUAGGAUCAGAGAGUGCGUCGAGGAGGGGGAUGAGAAGGUCGAUUUGUCUGCGAUUGGACUAAAGACGCUCUCCAACCCAACAAUCGAGCCGCUGUCAGAGUUUGCCUGCAUUCCGCUUGUCACAAAGGGCGUUGCAUUCGAGCAGAGCACUCCAUCUCUAAAGCUCUUCCUUGGGAGCAAUGCACUCACACGGCUACCCCGUGCCAUCUUUCAACUUGAGCAUUUGACCGUGCUCAGUCUGCGAGGUAAUGGACUCCGGGAGGUCCCGACAGGUAUCGGCCAACUGCCCAAUCUCAAGGUCCUGAAUUUGUCUCAGAACGCCUUGAACCAUCUAUCCUAUGAGCUCGCCGAGCUCUUGAUGAACAGCAAGAACAUAUCGGAGCUCUACCUACACCCAAACCCUUUCUGGCAGCCUGAGAGCCUAUCUACAAUAGCAGAGUCCGCCAUCGGCGAAUCAGGGGAGCGCGAAAUGCUGCAACGAUUUGAAGGCCAUCGGUUCUGCGGAGGUCUGGCCGCCCGGUCGCCCGUUCAGCUGUCGUAUAGCAAUGGAGUCGUGCACUCCGGCUUCCGUCUCGAGCCUCUCUCUCCAGACUCCAGGCUCGUGCCGACAGAACAAGGUCUGUACGGCGACUUGGAAGGCGAUACCCAGCCAAGUGCAUCGACGCAACUCAAGGAUACGUCCUCAUCGAGGGUCCCAACUCUGUUCGAGCUGGCUCUGCGCACCUGCUACCAAACAUCUCAGCUAGAGCAACUGCCGGAUAUGCUUCCGAUGGACUCUCCUCCCCACCUGCGGGAGCUACUUCUCGAGGCGAUGUCGCAGCGUGAGAUGGGCGGUCUCGCGUGCACGGUGUGUAGGCGGCCGAUGGUCGUACCCAGGACAGCCUGGAUAGAGUGGUGGCAUUUGUGCCAUUCUUCUUCGCUCCCGAGUGAUGCUGGAGGCGUCUCGGUAACGCCGCUUAGCCACGAUGCGGACGAGCGGUUGGUGCCAUUCCUAAGGAGGGGCUGCUCCUGGAAGUGCAUACCUGGCGAGUGUGUCAAGGGAGCACUCGUCAAGUCUGCAGAAGUAGCGGAUGAUGUAAAGGAUGCAGUUCACCUUUCGUAG